UGGGCAUAUCAUAUAGUAUUCGUGUAUCCAUUGACCAUUGUUGAUUUUCUAAUCGUCCCUGUCUACUCUGAUUUCACCUAUCACAUUCAACAUUUCUAGUUUUCCACUUGCCAUUGAAUCCAGGCGUAUUAGACCUUAAUCCAUCGGGCACACAAUCCGUACCAUCAACCACCCAACAAAUCCGUUACAUUACAUUACAUACACACAACAUGUCGCGUCAGAACCUCGCUAUACCCCUCAUGGGCGCCGCAGCCCUCGUCGGCGGCGGCGUGUACUACGCCCGCACCCCCUCGAGCACCUCGGGCGACGCCGCGCAGCAGAUCUCCAAUACUGCUAAGCCGCGCCCGACGUCGGACCAGACGGCGACGGAGGACAGAAAGCGCGCUGCCGAUGCGAAGCGCGACAACGGCCUCGGCGGCGCCGGCGUCGGCAUGACCAACAACACGGGUGGCGCCGAGCUCAGCACCGGCAACCGGAGCGGCGCGAGCGGGAACAGCGACACGCCCAAGGGUCCCCGGGACAAGUUCCCCUCGGACGCGGGCGAGAUCGGCGGGGGCCACGGGCGCGGUAACUCCAACACGAGAGCGAUCGAGACGCAUGGCCCGUCCAUGACCCCCGGGUCCUCCACGGCGACGGGGGCUCUCGGCGGGGGGAAGGACAAGGGUAGCGGGAGCGCUCCCGACACUUCGAACCAAAGUUCCGGUGUCGGGUCCAAGCUGCAAGGCUUCUUCGGCACCGGCGGAGGCGAAGCUCAGAAAGGCGAGAAGUCGCGCCAGGCGCCCCUCGAUACCAAGAUCGCUAGCCAUCACGCUGACACGCCGACGAACAAGGGCGGGAGCCCGUGGGAUAAGCACAGGAGGGAUGUUACCGCUGUGUCGUCCACGGAGUCAUAGACCAUGCUCAGCAAGCAAGCAAAGUCGUUGUGUAGUUAGUGUUAGCAUUUGAAGCCUUGAUGGGUAGUUGUGUUAUGGAUCAUACUUACAUCAGAAAAUGAAACCGAACCACUUUUCA